GGGCACACGUUUACCAUGUUCCUGUUUUUUUUUUUUUUUUUUUUCCCAGAGUUGAUGUGGGAUGUGCACUUUGCUCUUUGGGGCAAAAAGAAAUGUUUGUGUGUUUUGCGGAGGCGGUGUCAGCAGCAUGGGGGAAAACAUUCCUGCCCAGGCAUUCCGGCUCUCCAUCAAUGUGUGAAUGCGCUAGGGAGUAUAUCCUGCUUCUCGCUCGUUUUUAAUAAACGCAAGGGGCCAGAAAGUCUGUGUUGGAAACACAGGCUGUUGGGCUGAUCCAAGGCUGACAGCAUUUGUAGUUCAGUGGCAUGGAGCGCAGGGUUUUUGCGCGCACUCAGCCGGAGACAAACAAUUGCUGUUGUGUUAGUCCAGAGAGCGGCAUUGACAAAGGCCUCACUGAAACAAUUGGAAUGUGCCGGAGUGUUGAAAACAACAGGAGGAGUAAACAUCAGCAAGAAAUAACAAUCUGUUUUGCCUUUAUUGUGUUACUUAAGUCUGCACUCUAUUCAGCAUUAAGCUUUUCCUUCUGCUUUGUAGCAUGGUAGCCUUUGAUCCCAUUGACUCAUCUCAGAAAUGACCAUACACCUGCUCUUGAUGGAGACUGUUUUGCUAUGGUUGCUAAGCGUCAGUAGCGCCGCGCUCCAGCGGCCAGACUACGACGACACGUCCACGCCCGAGUUCCUGACCCCCGACUGGAUGGCCAACAUCCCCGGCAGCCGUCCGCUGUCCGAGGUCACCAUGCCGGGCACGCACAACACCAUGGCGCUGUACGGCGGCGGCCUGGCCGAGUGCCAGUCCUGGUCGCUGGCGCAGCAGCUGAACGCCGGCGUGCGCUUCCUGGACGUGCGCGUGCGCCACGUGGCCGGGAACCUGACCAUCCACCACGGCAUCUCGUACCAGUACGCGCACUUCGGCGACGUGCUCCAGGGCGUGGACGCCUUCCUGCGGGAGCACCCCGGCGAGACGGUGCUGAUGCGGCUGCGCGAGGAGCUCAGCGAGACGGGCGACAUCUACGGCGCCGUGGCGCGCUACAUCCAGACCUACGCCCGCUGGGACCUGUUCUGGAACAGCCGGCGCAUGCCCACCAUGGGCGAGGCGCGCGGGAAGCUCAUCGUCCUGCAGAACUUCGCCGGGCCGGCCCUGGGCAUGCUCUACUCCUCGCUCUUCAUCGCCGACGACUGGCAGGUGCCAUCUCUGGACUACGUCCCGCAGAAGUGGAAGAGCGUGUACACGCACCUGGAGAGGGCGGAGGUGGGCGAGAAGUCGCGCAUGUACCUCACCUACGCCAGCGGCGCCAGCAUCCGGGCCUGGCCCUACGCGCUGGCCCGCCGGGUCAACCCGCUCCUCUACGAGUACCUGAGUGCCCGCGCGGGCAAGCCGCGCCGCUACGGCGUCGUCACCCUGGACUUCCCUGGUGCCCAGCUGUGCCGCGCCGUCAUCAACUUCAACUGGGCCACCAAGAAAACCGCGUAGAGACUCAAUACACAUGUUUGUCUGUGCCAGGGUGCCAAUGUGCCAACCGCAGGGGUAGGGGUGGAGUGGGAUGGGUUGUGUGUGUGUGUGUGUGUCCGUGUGUGUGUGUGUGUGUGUGUGUGUGUGAGGCGGUCACUGGGACCAUGCACCAUGGUCUGUCACACCUAAUCAGGCCUUGGCCUUCCACGGCCAAUCAGAAAUCACGCUCUGUCAGAUUCAAUCAGACGUCAGGAUCUGUCACGUUCCGUCAGACAUUACAAUAUGUCACGGCGAAUCAGAAAUAAUUCUCACUGAAAUAAAAAAAUAAAAAAAUGGGCGCCCACGGGCUGCCAUUCAG